GUACACGUUUGGUUUGUAGUUUUGUACCACAACCUUAUUUUAACUAAAGGCUUGUUUGUUUGAUGGAUUGUGAUGAUGGGUUUAGUUAGCAAAUCUUAACCAUCAUGGACUUGGCAAGAUUUCAUUGUUUACUUGAAGGUUUUGGUGGUGUAAACUUUGUGAGACCCAUGGACUUGAAGGUCCAAAUCAGUGGGAUUCAUGGACUUGGAAUAUCACCUCUCAAAAUGUUUAAAUGAAAGGCAACAAAUUCAUGAUGGUUACUUACUAUUUUAUCCAAUCUAUUAUUAAUAUUCCCAAUAUGCUUUAAUCCUUUCAAUUUAUUUUCUCCAAACCUGAAUCUCAAAACAUUCAGCACGAAAAGUAUGUCUUGGGUCCGAUCUCAAUUGAGAAAGAGUGAGAGGCACUUGAUUCUAGUAAAACAACAAAAGCGACAACUAAAGGGCAAUAAAAUCAUCUUCUCCUCUUAACACUUGAAUAUCUUUCUUCUUGUUUUACGUUUUAUUGUUCAUAAAAAUAAGAACACGAGUGCUGAUUAACCAUAGUUAUUGUCGUUGGUGUAACACUCAUGGUCAAAACGAAAAAAAUUGAAACCCAUUUUUGGUUAAAAAAGAAGAAGCUGAAUCGAUAACCUAGACAUAAAGUAAAUUCUUUAGAGUUGAAAAAAAAAACAACUUUAUUGACAAUUGCUUGUUUGGUCAGAAGAGUCCUCUAAAUUAUUGGUCUUACAUUAGUGAUUUGGGUCCAUUUCUCUAUAUAUGUACUUCAUUUUAGAUUUUUUUUAUUAUUAUUAUAUUUUCUAAUACUAAUUCGAACUAGAGAAAAGAGGAUAGACUCAUUCUAGUCAAAAAAAAUUAUAGGAAUUUCUCAUAAGUAAUUAAAAAAAAUUGAGUGUGAGAGCCAAAUGAAUAGAAAGAUUCAUGUAAAUUUGGUUUGGGUAAGGGUCAUGGAAGUUUUGUAAUAAAUGGAAAGAUAAUCUACUUUCAUCAAGUGAGUUGAUUAUUCUUGUCUUAGUGCUUAUUAAAAAUUAAAAAGGUUAACAAGACAAAUUGUGUUUCAUACUCACAAAUCUAACUCAACAAAAUCUAUAAUGAAAUCCAUCAAAAAAACCAAUGGUUUGAUUCAAGUUCACAAUAAACCAAUUCCACCAUAAAUUCAUAAUUUUAAAAUACCUAAAUUUAACCAAAAACUUUAUUUUUCAAAUCCACAAAACAAAUUGCAAAGCAUUAGAAAAUUCCUCAUCACAUAGCACAUAUUUAUAUUUUAGUGCGGUCAAUUAUCAAAGAUUAUAAAAUAAAAUAUUGACUUGUAGCAAAAUAAAUGAUAAGCCUGGAAUCUGGAUAUAAUAUGUUCUUUUAAGAGUUCAAUAUUACACGCAAUUACGCGUGACGGUGAUGAUAUUAGCAAAACGGGGAAAAAGAGGUCUACGGCUUCUAAACAAAUUUCCGGUCUCUAUAUAUAAUCGGCGACGCCAUUGCUUGGCUUCCUGGCUAGCUACCAAAAUCCAAUUACACAAUCAAAAAGCUCAUUUUACCUCGUCCUUUCUUUCUUCUCGUACCCUCUCUCUGUUUCUCGCAAGGAACAACAGCAAGCAAGCAGCAGCAGCAGCAGCGCAAUACCGCCAGAAAUGUCCUCCAGCGACGGAGAGCUUGUUGAAGAAGUCAUUACCAACGAUGGGGAUUCGGGUGCCAGCGAUUUGAAGCAGCGGUUGAGGGAUCGAACCAAGACGGUGGUUCAAACCAAGGAGAUUCUGUCCAAGCAGGCUACCCAAACCAAGGCGAAGAUCGCCAAACAGGCGGUGAAGAUCGCUAAACAAGCAGAGGAGCAUGAAAGGUUCAUCAAUAAGGUGACCCAUUUUCUUGGCGUGUUUGGGUUUGGAGGGUUUUGCUAUCUCUUGGGUGCAAGGCCGCAGGAUAUUCCAUACGUCUAUUGUUUGUUCUAUGUGAUAUUCGUCCCUCUUCGGUGGAUAUACUACCGCUACAAGAAAUGGCACUAUUAUCUUCUGGAUUUCUGCUACUAUGCAAACACUAUCUUCUUGGUCAAUCUCCUUCUGUACCCCAAGAAUGAGAAGUUUUUCAUGGUUUGCUUUUCAUUUGCGGAAGGGCCGUUGGCAUGGGCGUUGAUUGUUUGGCGAUGUAGUUUGGUUUUCAACUCUGUGGACAAACUUGUUAGUGUCCUUAUACAUCUUUUACCAGGGGUGGUUUUCUUUACCAUUCGGUGGUGGAAUCCAGCAACCUUCGAGGCCAUGCAUCCAGAAGGAACUGCAGCCAGAGUGUCGUGGCCAUAUGUGGUACAAGACAAAACAUUCCUUCUCAAUUGGUUGUUUUGGGUGCCUCUAGCUGCCUACACACUGUGGCAGACACUCUAUUUCCUCAUCGUCAACGUCCUUCGCCGUCAGCGAUUCUUGAGAGACCCAGAAGUCAUGACUUCCUACAGGGAGCUGUCAAAGAAGGCACAGAAAGCAAACAAUGUAUGGUGGCGCCUUAGUGGUGUACUCGGGGAUCAGAACCGGAUGCUCAUGUACAUUUUGUUGCAAGGAUUAUUCACGGUGGCGACCAUGGCCCUCACAGUGCCCAUCUUUCUGUCCUAUCGACUGCACGUGGUGUUCCAAAUUCUGAAAGUCUCUGCUGCCGUGUGGAAUGGUGGGAGCUUCCUCCUGGAAGUAAUGCCUAGGCAGGUGAUUCUCAAGGAGAACAAGAAGAAAUUGGAGACCAAACCAGUAUCAGCUGGCGAACAUGAUGAAGUAGGUUCAGCCAACCUGGUGGAAGCGACAAUGAAGAUGAGCAAUUCUGCCGAGGCAUUGCAGCCCCAGCAGGAAUAAAUUCAGAUCUACAUUUUUGCUGUUGUAUGUCACUUUGUACUCUUUGCCUUGGGGCGCUCGACGCACUCACUCUCUCCACCUUUUCCUCUUCUCAGUCGAAUAAUUCGUUGGCUCUUGAUGACUUGUUUCAGGUAGGAUCUCUCGGUUCAGUUCAGGUGCAUGAGAGUUUCAGGUUGCAGUUUGCUGUAUAUAGUAAAAGAAACUCCACUGGGUUGUUCUUCUUUUUGGUUGAUGGCGUCUGUUCUCCCUCACAAACUUCGAACUAUCUCGUGUCGUUUUAGGUGUCUGUUGUACCCCCCAAACCACAUAAGGAAGCAAGCGGCAUAGAAACUAGGCUACAAUCCUGGUGGAACUUUUCUUGAAUGAGAUAAUACUAUAGCAUAUCAAGGCUACAGUGUUGUAAUGGAGGCCUCGAGGCCUGGCAACAAUAGCAAACGACCUAGUUAAUGACCUUACAAAUACAAUAGUAAACGACCGCACAAUUGCAACCCAAAUUUCAUACCAAUGACACUGCCAACUAAAACAAUGGCAGAGGAAAAGAAACACUAAACUGACAUUACAUACAAAUAAUAAUAUGUCGAAAGAACCUGUGUAAAAAAAUGGCCUAUAAAAAUGCUGCUGCAACCUCAAAAUUACAACACCCCAACCAAACCCAAACCCACUAACCACAACCCAAAACGAAGUUCUGAUCAUCUAAUGAAAAGAAAAAAAAAAUGAACCAAGCUAAU